AUGACUCAGAGGAGAUUAGACAAGCUUGAGAAGCAACUUAGGAAGCAAAAGCCCAAGAGAUGGCCGACGAAGCAGCUCGCGCUCACGCCGCUGAAGUGGCGCGCGCUCAAUGAAGAAGGAAGAGAUCCACCUCCUCCUCCUCCUAACCCUGCUGGAGAUGUGAACGCACAACCCCAAGCGGAGCACCUACAAUCGGAGACUAUGACUCUGCCGAUGCUUUCUUCAUGGAUAGAAACCCUAUCCAUCCACCACUUCCUGCAAGGAAUGACUAUGAGAUCAAGCCUCAGAUCAUUGCAUUGCACUACAAGAUCCAAUGGAGUCUCUGCUGACUACCUUAAGUGCAAGCUCUUUUCAUUCUCUCUUGGCGACAAAGCUUCAAGAUGGUUGAAGUCUCUGCCAGCUCACUCCAUCACCACUUGGGAUGAGUACAAGGCUGCAUUCAUCAACCACUUCUACACCAAACAGAGAUCAAUUUCUGUAAGGAACAAGAUCUCCACUUUCGCCAAGCCAACAAUGAGUCUUUCUAUGAGGCGCUAG